CGUCAACGCGUGCUGAUCGUGGUCGGGAGAAACGCGAACGCGGAGCGUGCGAGGUGACCGUCGUCGUCGAGUCGUAUACGAGCGCGCGCGCGCGCGCUAUAAUCGGAAAACGAAAUAUUUAUUUCUGUUAUCAAUCAACGCCGACCGCGGUUACUACCGCCGCUACGACCGCCACCACCACCACCGCCACUACUACUACUACUACUACUACUACAACUACAACUACUACUACUACCACUACUACUAUUGGUUAAUACUACUACUAGUAGUAGUAGUUGAUAUUACGCUACAGCUGUACUACACAACCGACGACACCGGUCAAACGCUGGUUACUCGUUAACACUGGUUUAUUAAUAAUAUUUUUUAUGUUUCGUUGCAGCAGAUAGAUAGAGAUAGAUACGACGGCUUUUACCACCCGCCCGCCGUCGUCCCCCGAACGAGUUUAUCUGCCGUCGCCAGUAGCGCGCGCGUUUAGCCGCCGUCCACCGGUUACCCCACACACGUAAUAAUACUCCGUGCCCCGUCGUCGUCGACCGCGGUACCGCGUGCGCGUAUUGGUAAACCGAAUAUUCGUCUGGUUAACCGAAAUCGUCUCCCGAGAACGUUGUGAAAAAAUAUUCCCAGUAUUCGGGGGAGGGGGAGGCGCACGCGCGCGCGCACACACCACUACCGUACGCGACACACACGCACAUAGACACGCAACACACGCACGCAUACGUACCCGCGUUCGAAUACGUAGGUACGCUACCACAGUCGCCUCGCAUAGUACACGGUACGCACAUACGCGCAGCGCACACGGACCGAUUCGCGCGAACCACGGCGGAACACCAGGCGCACGCGAAAACGUCGAAAACGUCGUCGGGAACGGUCAACGGUGUCAUUGAUGGGAAGUGGUGGUCGUCGGCCCGGGCAUCCGGAAAUCAGCCAAACUGGAACUGAUGGAAUUAGAAAACAUUGUGGCCAAUACCGUAUACCUCAAAGCGAGAGAAGGUAAAUACCAACGGAAACGACAAUAGGUACCUACGUAAAUAUUAUUGUACCGUCGCCUGACGGGCAGGUAACCUGUCGCGCGGUCUCCCUGUGGCUGGUUGUCCGGGAAUUCCCCGGCAAACGGGGUCCCGGUGUUCCCACGUUCCCCGCGGCGCUUGAUCCUUUCGGACUUUUCCGUCGGCCACCACCAACCCAAACACCCUACACCCGGCGUCUGCAGCACGACCCGACAAUCCGAAUACUGUGACCUAUAUUAUGUGCACCGUACACUGGUAUUUUUGCGUCUACAUGGCUGCGUCGUCGGUCGUAUAGCACUCGGGCGUUCAAUAUCAUGUUCGCUAACAAUAAAGUUUUCAUAAAAAUUUGUAAACGUUUCGUCAGAGACCUUCAACCUGCAAGGUCUCCUAUUGUUUUGACAAGUCCACACAAUGUUAUCGACGGAUUCGUUUCGUUACCUACCCCGAGGCGAUCGAGCACACCGACUGACUCGUCCACAACCCCGUUUCCGCUAUAGAUAUUCCCCGUGUUCCUCUGCACGCCACUCGUAUUGCCCCGACUUCAUUUACCUGCCCGGCACGAAACACUUUACCUACCUCUGGAAUCGGUUUAUUAUGUAGGUAGUUAUAGUUUUCAUUCAUUGUCUAGGUACUCUUGUCGUUUUACAUUGAUUAAAACCGAGAUUGAAACAUUUUUUUUUUUUUUUUUUUUUUUUCUAAUGGUAUACUCACCGAUUCGUUGCAAUCUGAUCGUAUGUACUUAACGAUUCGUACUACAAAAUGUAAAAUUGUAAUUUAAUUGUGUCGAUGAUAAUUAUAGUGAUUUUCGAUCUAGGCAUAUAUUACACACCUGCACCUGUAAUUAUUUAGCAUGUGUGAUUCGUUUUAUUUUAUUUUUUUUUUACACGGUCAUUUCUGAUUUAUUUAAACGCCGAUAUGAUGAUGAAGACAGACCAAAUAAUAACAAUAAUAUGUAGAUCAAAGCUAAUUUAUCCUUGAAGUCUUUAAGUUAGUAUUUUUUCAUACGCCGGUAAAUUAGUUCAAAUUUAACACUGUUACAUAACUAGUGUGUUCAACAAUAUUCCGAUUAAAUACAUUUAUAAAAUUACCUAGGUAUAACCUAUCGAGUACUGACAAUAUUUCCUUUUGGGAACAAAAAUAGUCCAAUAUUUAAAUCUAUUCAUCAGUGAUCACAAUAUGUAUUUAUUUUUUUAAAUAAUACAAUCGAAAAUUGAUUAUAUUUCAUUUGUCUAUAGUGACAGGCUUUUGUUUUACUUAAAUAACAUAUAAAAUGUAGGUGUAUUUAUUCACAGUAUACCUACUUAAAUUAUUCACCAUAAUAUUAUGUGGAGAAAAUGUGUAAUUAAGAUACUUGCUAUAAAGGUACCUCCGUUAUAUUAAUAUUAAAUUUGUUGAUAAUAUUAUGCACUCAAUAUGAAGUAGGUACCUGAUUAAAGUACGCUUUUUUCUAUAAUAUAGGUAGUAUAUUUGUCUAAUUAUUUAUUUGUACCUAACCUUACUAUGUUACCUGAUCCAAGUUUUAUUAUUUUUUCCUAACAAAUUAGUUGUGUUAGGUAGAUAUUUUUUUCCCAAUCCUACUCGGUUAUUUUUCUGGUUAACCGAAUAGUGAAAUACAGAGUUAUAUAUUAGUAAACGGUGUACUUGCUUAAGAAUCAAAUACUAUAAAAAACACCAUUGUCAAUUUAAAUUUAUUUCAAAGUUAUAAUAACAGAUUUGGUCCUAACCUAUUUAUAAAUCUUCAUAACUUGUAUCAUUAAAUUAGUUUGCUAUUUAAUUUGCAUAAAACAUUUAAAUUAUUGCAAAAUUGUAUAUACCUAUGUUGCUUGCAUGAUACUUUGAGUUUAAUUUAUAUAACUUUUGUUAUACCAUUAUUUAUGGGUACGCAAUUUAAGUACCUACCUAUGAGUUUUGAUGGUGACAUAGGAUAUUUAAUACUAUGAGUACAGUCGAUUAUAAUUACUAUUAUACACUUGUGUAUUUGUGUUUCACUAAAUAUUCAUAGAAGUGUAUUUAAAUAUUAAAUGUUAAACAACUUAUCUAAAACUGCGGCCAUUUAUUUUGACAUUAGAAACAAGUUCCUAUUAUAAACAAUAUUUAUCACAUUAAUUUGUCUUAACAUUUGCAAUUAUAAUGUAAUAAUUGUCUAUCAUAUAUUUAUAUCAGUUUCUCGGUAUUUUUUAUUAUUCAUAAUAUUGAUUAACCCAGAAAAGGAAAUUUAUUUUUUAUAAGUAGGUGUCUCCCUAGCUGCUUGUAAAAUAUAAUUUAAUUAUAGAUUAAUGUUCUAAUUUUUCAAAUAAUUCAAAUUUGAAAUGAUUGCUGGAAAUUGAUUUAUUUAAAUAUUUCUAGUUAUAUUUAACUAAGUAGGUGCUUAACUGAAACUUAUCUCUGUAGUAAAGAUCAUUUGUAAAUUGUCAGUUUAUUUCUGAGCAAUACCUAUAAUUAUUUUUCGUAAAGAUAUAUUAUAUAAUCUAACGUUUAAAUAUAAUUUUUAUUGAUAUUGAUAUUGAAUAUCUAAAUACAAAGUAUUGAGCUCGAUUCAGUGUUAAUGUAGUAAUACAACUACAACAAUAAUGAGCUCGUGCAUGUACCUAAUGUUGUACCUAUCUGUGAAAGAAUAGGAGGUUAUAGUAGGUAUAUAAUUUAGUAUAUUAUUAUUUGUUCAAUUCAAACAAUAAUCUUUAAAUUCCAUUCAUUGUCUAUUUUAUAGGUUGCCAUUUGUAAGUUUUUUUAAUGACUAUCAAUCGCCAAACAGUAAAAUGAAAAUAUUGAAUCCUCAUAAUGUGUACCUGUAUAGAUAGUAAUAAGUUAAAUAUAAUUUUCACUUAAAUAUAUCUUAUGUUGAAAUCUAUUUUUAAUUAAAAAUUGUUUAAUGUAUAUUUUUUUCCAGUAGAAAUCUAGUAUUUUGUCUUCUAGUUCAGUGGUUCUCAACCGAUGUAUUACUGUGAUGUGUGUCGCCAAAAAAAAAUUGUUUAUUUAUGGUUUUUUAUACUUUAUAGUUUUUACUAUACCUUUAGAAAGUAUAAAUAUAUGAUAUUAUCAUUAAGGUAUGGUAAAACCCACAGAUAAGAAAAACUAAAAAAUUUAAUAGGUAUGUCCUCAGUUGUGUUUAUCAUUUGUAUGGAUCUAAAUUAGGGUGUCAUUAUACAGAAAAGGUUGAGAACCACUGUUUCAGCCAGUGUAUCUUUAAUUUAAGACUUCUAGUUAUUAUAGAAUAGUUACGUAUCUAGUUAAAAUUUAAUACAAAUAUCCCAUAUGGCCGUGAUUUUUAAUUUUUGAUCAAAACCAUUAAUCUAAUGUUGUAAUUUGAUUUUAGGUGGUACAGAUAGCAAUAAAGGAAAAAGUAAAAAAUGGAAAAAAAUUUUACAAUUCCCACAUAUAUCUCAGUGUGUUGAUUUAAAACCACUUUUAGGUGAGUUUCAAGGUUGGAUUAUAAUUGCUGUACACAUAUAUGAUUAUUUAAAUAUUUUAAUUUAAGUAAUCCUUUCUUUAAAUAUAUAUUUUGAUUUUUUAGAUAUGAAAUACAGCUAUAUUAUAGAUCAACAGCCAAUCGGUCGGUUACUCUUUCUUCAAUUUUGUGAAGAAGAACGACAAGAAUUUCAUCGCUACAAUGUAUUUUUAGAUUCUAUUGUAAGUUUAAGAGAACAAAUAUUAAUUAAUUUUUGCAAUGCUUAUAAAAAAUAUUUGGUAAUAUUUAUUUUAUUGUCAACAGGAAAAAUAUGAAAUAGAAUCUGAUGAAAAUAGAUUAGAACUAGCAAAAAUACUUUAUGAUAGAUAUAUAAGAAGAGAUGUAAAUAUUCAAACAAUUUGUAUUAGUCAAUUUUUAGUAUUACAUUACACAAUAUUACAAAUUAACUGUUUUUGGUAUUAGGCAGUGAAUGCAGUGGACGUAUUAAAUGACGACAUGAUAGUCAGAUGUCGGCACCAGUUAGACUCUGCUCACAGAGAGUUAUUUACUGAUUGCUCAACUGCCGUGAAAUCAUUUUUAGCCGGCCGCCCAUUUAGUUUGUUUGAAUCUUCAAUGUAUUUCCAUAGAUUUUUACAAUGGAAAUGGUUAGAAAGGUGUGUAUGUAAUUCAAUUUUUAUAAUAGUAUGAAAGCCAAAGUAAUAUAGUCUAAAUUUAAACUGAAUCAACAUUUUUUUUUCUGUUUCAGGCAACCCGUUACAUACAAAACAUUCCGCAUGUAUAGAGUUCUUGGUAAAGGUGGUUUUGGAGAAGUUUGUGCCUGUCAAGUGCGAGCUACCGGUAAGAUGUAUGCUUGUAAAAAAUUGGAAAAGAAACGUAUUAAAAAACGAAAAGGUGAAGCAAUGGUUUUAAUUGAAAAACAAAUUUUACAAAAAAUUAAUUCUAAAUUUGUGGUAUGUUGAUAUUUAUUUAAGUACUUUUUUUUUUAAGUUGACAUUUAAUGUGGUUAUCUAAUUUAUUUUAUCUGAUUUUUUAGGUUAGUUUAGCGUAUGCAUAUGAAACAAAAGAUGCGUUAUGUUUAGUAUUAACUAUUAUGAACGGUGGAGAUUUAAAAUUUCAUAUUUACAAUAUGGGCUCAGAACCAGGUUUUGAUAUUUCAAGAUCACGAUUCUAUGCUGCUGAAGUAAUUUUAAAUUUUAUUUAUAGAUUUAAAUUAAAUUUUAGUAUUAUUAUGCAGUAGGUAGUAAUAAUUCAAUUUUUAAUUUAUUAGCAAAUAUUAAAUUUUCCGCAAUUUUAUCAGUUAUUUAAAUACCUUUGGUUUUGUUGUCACUAAAUACUAUAAAAUACAAAAUUAAAUAUUGUUUUAUACAUUUGAAAAUAUACUAUUCGUUUUUUAAUAGCCAUAUGUAGGUAAUUUUUAAAAAAAAAGAGACUAUUAAACAUUUUAAAAUCAGUUUGAUAUAUUUUUCUAAAUUUAACAUUGGUAAAUAAUUUUUUUAUAACAAUAUUAUAGUUAAACAAUUUUUAUUUGUAUCAAUAUAUUUAUUUAUUUUGUGUUUCAUGGCAAUUGUGUUAAUAUAGGUGUUGUGUGGAUUAGAGCAUUUACACGUUCAAGGUAUAGUAUACAGGGAUUGUAAACCUGAAAAUAUACUUUUGGAUGAUGCAGGACAUGUCCGUAUAUCUGAUUUGGGCUUAGCAAUGGAAAUACCAGAAGGGGAAACGGUCAGAGGAAGAGUGGGGACUGUUGGUUACAUGGGUAAAUAUACAAAUUAGUAUUAUAAUGUAACCAUUGUGUUUUUAUUCUUAAUUCAAAUAUUAAUUAUCACUAUAUUACAGCACCAGAAGUAAUUGAUAAUGAAAAAUAUACGUAUAGCACUGAUUGGUUUAGCUUUGGGUGUUUAGUAUUUGAAAUGAUUGAAGGUCAAGCUCCAUUUCGAGCACGGAAGGAAAAAGUAAGAAUAAAUUUACGAAUUAGUUGUUUAGAUAAUGUACUUAAAUUUUUUAAUCAAAUACUUAACAUUGUGUUCUUAUAUUUUAUGUAAAGUUUGAUAAUAACAAUUUUGAAUGUAUUUAAUGAAUAAACAAAUUAACCAAUUAUUAAAGUAUACAAUAAUUAUUAAAUAAUAAAAUAAUAAAUUAAAAACAAAAUUAUUAAACGGUGAGUUACGUUUUACUUUUUACCUGAAGAUGAAUUUUUAAUUUGAAACCAGUCGUACAAUACAAAUUUCAUAAAACUCCAGGUGACACGUUUAUUUUUUUAUAUUAUUAUUAUUAUUAUUAUUUCACAGUAAAAUUAAAUUUUUAUUGAAACUUUUGGCUGUAUUUAUUUAUUAUGGAAAAUACAUUCAUUACUUACUGAACUUGGAUAUAUGUAGUACUAUUAAAAAAAUUGUUAUAUUAUAACUACUGGACAACUAUAUAAAACCCUACCCAAACUGACAUGAAUUAAAGAAUAAUAUUGUAUUCACAUGCGUGUCAUUGUGUUCACUAUGUUUUAUAAUUUUUGUUUAUUUACAAACAUAAUUUAUUAGAUUUGGUUUAGUAUAACGUAAUGUACAAAUUAAUUUUAUAUAAAUAUUUAAUUAUUGUUUUAAAACAGAAUCGUAGUAUCAAUGAAACAUUUUAAAUAAAUCAAAUAUAAAACCCUCAGUGAAAUCCCUAUCUAAAACAAUAUGGGCAAGAAAUCAAAAAUAAUAUUAUUCUUGGUUUGCGUAGAUUUCAGUUUUAUUUAAUUACAACACACAAAUUUUUGCUCUUCUUCUGUCUAAAAUAUUUUAUUUGUAUUGUAGAUGGUUUUAUACUCUGUAUAGAAAGUCUGUUUUAAGUGUUUUAACAAAAUUAUAUUAUAAUAUAUAUAUAUUUUUGUUGGCAUCAAAAAUAAAUAUAUAUAUAAUACCCAGUUAAUGUGUAAAUUUAACUUAACCAGUCUUUCGACUGUUUAGUCUGGCAAUAUUACAUAUUAUCUGGAUUACGUAAACAAUACCUGCAGUAUUUUCUUCUGCCAGUUAUACGUAAACGUAUUAUAUAUAUAUAUAAAUCCAUUUUAUUUAUUUACAUUUCAAUACCUAAUUUAAAAUGUAUUAAUAGCUAUAUAUAUAUAUAUUAUGUUUAUUAGGUUAAACGUGAAGUAGUUGAUCGAAGAGUAAAAGAAGAACAAGAAAAAUAUUCACAUAAAUUUACUGAAGAAGCUAAACUACUGUGUAAACAAGUAUGAAUCCCAAUAACAACUAUAUUAAAUCUUUGCUAACUCGAAAUUAAUUACAUUAAAAAUACAUUUUUACAUUGCUUUUAUUUAUUACCAGCUUUCCUGUAAGGUUAUUUUGUCUAUGUCAGUAUUGAAGGACAAAAAAAAAAAAAUUAAUAAUAAAUAAAAACCAUAUUUUUAUCCCUGUUUCCAUCAUUGCAUUUAACCUUUUUUGCCUAUAAAUGUUUAAAAAUGCAUUUUCUUGCCUGUGAACUGCUGUUUCACUCAGCUUUGCCUGUGCAUAGUAUUAAAUGGUUUCUAAGAUUUGCUGUUACCAAUAUUUUGUUUGUAGUGGUUUUGUACUAAAGCAAUAAGUCCAAUUAAGUAAUGCAUUUAUAAGGGCCUACUGACAACAUAUUUAUUAUUAUUUUUUACCGUUUUAACUAAAAAUUCCUUAGUCAGACUAUUAACACUUUUACUAAAUCUUUUAACAGUUAUAAAAGCCAUACAGCAACACAAUAUGAAUUCAAUAAGUGUUUUAGUUUAUGCGUACAAAUCAAUAUUAUUUAAUCAAAGGUUUAUUGCUAUUUAAAAAAUAAUAUUGCUUCAGUAAAAAUAAUUAUAAUACUUAAAAUUUUGCAAAAUUAAUACAUAUUAUAAAGUCUGAAAAAUAAUAAGAUUUAAUUUUGAUAAAUUGAUUAUGAGAUCGCUAAUUUAAAGAAUCUGUCUGCGCAAAAGAAAAAAAAAAGGAUACAUUGACAUUAUAAACUAUACUACCAUACCAAACAAUUUUUUUAAAAGACUUAAUAUUUUAUGUAUAUUGUGAUUUGUAAUAAUUUAAAUUUAAAAAUAAUUAUAUUGUAGAAUAUAAUUUUUUUUUAAAUUAUGAUAAACUAUACACAUUACAUAUUAAAACACAUACAUAUUGGUUAACAUUCUUUAUUUUUUUUUUGUAGCUUUUGAAAAAAAACCCAAAAUCAAGGCUUGGUUGUCAUUGUGGUCGUUACGGCGCGAGAGAAGUCAAACAACACGAAUUUUUCAAAACUAUGAAUUGGAAAAGACUGGAAGCUGGUGUAGAAGAUCCUCCUUUUAUUCCAGAUGUAUGUUUUGUUACUAUAUGUUUAACUUUACUAAAAUACUGUAUUCCUUAUAACUGUUAAUUUCCUAUUUCAGCCCCACGCUGUGUAUGCCAAGGAUGUAUUAGAUAUAGAGCAAUUUUCCACUGUUAAAGGAGUUAAUUUAGAUGCCACGGACGAUACAUUUUAUACAAAAUUUAAUACAGGCUCUGUGUCUAUACCAUGGCAAAAUGAAGUAUGUGUUGGGUACAGAUAUUUAUAAGACUAACUACUUACUUGUAAUUUACAAUAUCAUUACUUUUAUUUUAGAUGAUCGAAACUGGCUGUUAUAAAGAACUCAAUGUAUUUGGGCCAAACAAAUCAAGAUCACCAGAUUUAGUUUUAGAUUUAACGCCAGAACCUGAAAAAACUGGUUGUUUUCCAUUUAGUAGAAGAGUAAGUUUUGUGUAUUACUGAUUACUAUUUUAUUUUCUUAUUAUCUUCAUUCUCUUAGUUCAAUUAACUUGUGUUAGGAAUUUAAAAACAGAAAAAAAUUAAUUUAUUUUCUUUUUAUGUUCAUUAUAAUUGUUGUUUAAAGUAUAUUUUACCAAAAAACAAGUUUUUUUUAUACAUAAUCAGUAAAAACAGUUUACAAACCAGCAUUUUGCAUUUUAAGUUUCUUCUUACUGGUUUAAAUUGUAUACUUACUGGUGUGUAACUUAGAAUUUAUAAUCUAAACAUGUUUUCCAAUAUUAUGUCAUUGGUUGAUUCUCAAAUAUAAAUAUAUAUUUUUUUAAGUUAUUAGGGUUUACAACAAAAACACACUUUAUUCAUGUAUGCAACACAAGAUCUCAAAUAGUUAUAAUAUAAAUUGUGUAUGAAUAUUCGUAUUAAUCACUAUGAUGUAUUUUUUGGUUUGCAAAAAGGCAUAAGUCAUAUAUGACUUAAACCAUUUUAAAUGCUAUAAUUAGGUCUAAUAAACAAUUAUGAAAGGAGCAGUAUUAGUCAUGUUUUUCCCCUUGUUGCCAAGCUAAUUUAAAAAUAAAAUAAAAAACUAUAACUGCUAAAAAUUUCAAUUAAUGUUUUUAAUUAAUAAUGCAAUCAGGAAAAUUAUUUGUAUUGUUUUAAAGCUCUUUCACUAAAAGCCACCAGAGCAGUACCAUUAAAAAAACAUUUCCAUUAUUCAUGCUUCUAGAAGGCUUCUGUGUUUCGAUGUAGGUUAUAACAUACCAUAGGUAAACUGAAAUUAAAAAUUUAGUUCAGUUCCAAAAUGGAAGUUGAAAAGCUAGCAUGUGUAGCCAUAUCUGUAUAGUCGUAUUGUACAUAAACGAAAAAGAAAUAGAAAGUUUUGGGUACAACUACUACUGUCUGAAUACUCUCUUCUAGCAGAGAUCUAUAUUUCCAAUUGAUUUUCAAUUUCUAUAAUGAACUUUUCUAAGUCAAAGUGGCUAUCCACGUUAAAGAAUAUUGACAAAGUAAUCAAAAAACGUCAACACAUGCCACUGGCAGUGAUUCAAAGAAUGUGCAUUUUAAAAUUACAAUAAUAUAAAUUUAAAUGGUUCAACAUGUCUGGUUGCGCAAACUUCUAUGAGUGGCACGACCAACUUAGUGGUGUUCUGGUGGCUUUGUGUGAAAGAGCUCUUAAAGGUAUCACAUGAAAAGUUUCAUUCAAAAGUUUUAUCAUUUUUACUAACCAAAAAAAUGUUUUCCAAAAAAAAAAAAACAUAAUUGUAAAACAAAUAACUUCUUUGCUGCAUUUAGAAUUAAAUAAUUAUACUUUUUAUAUCAUACUCCAUGUUUUUAAACCUACCUCAUAGUCACAAUAUUAAUCAAGACUGUUAGGUUUGGUUUCUGUUUAUAAUUAUUUACAGUUUAGCUUUGUAACAAUAUGUAUUAUUUAAGUUGUAGGUUGCAUUAUUAAUUUAUUAUGUGAAGUACGGAUUAGGUACUGGGAAUUAAAGGGCCAUUAUCCUAAACAUGUUAUUACUAAAAUUAAAAUGUUCACAAAUUAAGAAAAACUAUCAACAUAUAUUAUACUUUUAAUAUGUUUAUUCAUAUGUUAAAAAUGAAAAAAAAAAAAUUGACGCUUUCAAAAUAUGUUUUAAAUUUAAAAAGAUUUUUCUGGUCAAAAUGUGGUAUUGCCGCACAUUUCGAAUUAAGUAAACUAUUAUAUACUAUAUUACAAGUAAUAUUUUUAUGUACAAUAUUGUUCUAUCUUUAUAACAAUACUGCAAUACUGCGGUUUUAUUUGAAUAUUGCCAUAGCACAGUUUUGCUUGUUACAAAAAUAGGCGAUAAUACGUUUAAAUUGAAUAACAAUUUGUAUUUCUACAAAUUAUCAAUGUAAAAAGGGAUUCUAUGUUGGAUUUAAAUUCCUUGUAUUUAUAUUUUUUUUUUAUACAUUUGAGGAUUGAAGUUUUAUCUCGAUUUUAAAAUUUUUGGUAACACCAUGUUUCUGAUUUAUACCUUUCAAUUUUUAAAUUUAAUUUACUUGUGUUGAAAACUAUACAAAGUUGACUUUAUUCCUUCUUUCCUGGGAUCAAAGAUAUUAUAGUCAUGGUAGUAUCUAUUUUGGGGCAUGUUUCAUUUUUUCAAGUGUUUAUUUUCAUUUACAGUUUCUCUCAAAAGAUUGAUCUAAUAUUUUCACUUUAUGAUUAUCAAUGUUAACGCAUGUGUUCUUUAAAACUUAAAAAAUAAAAAUAUGCAUUAUUAAUCCUAAAUUAGGAAUUAAAAUUAACUUAAUAUACAUUAUUUUUAAAGAACUACCAUUCACCACUAGUUUUUUUUUUUUUAUUGACCUAACAUAAGUAUAAUAUUUAAAAAAAAUUGUUUAUAUGUAAUUAUCUGAUUUUAUUUUAACUUUAUGAUAGUAUCACUAUAUUGUAUAUUGCUUAUAUCUAACCUAUUAUGCCAGUUAUUAUGUAUAUUCUUAAAGUCUGCUCUGUUUUACUUUAUGUUUUAAAGAAAUAUUGUAAAAUUUUAUUUGUAAUUUGAUAAAAUAAAUAACCAGUUUCUUUGAAACAUUUCUCAAAACGUAAUAUUAAUUAAGGUGAUUGGGUACUAAUCCAAUAAUAUUAAUAUUGUCUUGCUUUGUCCAACCAUUCAGAGAAUAGUAAUUUAGACAAAUUUGUCUAUGAUAAUUUAGAAAAAUUUAGUGAAGAGCUUAAAAUUCUGAAAAGAAUUUAGAAUUCAACAUGAAAUGUACAUGUCAGGUCGUUUUUUCAAUUUAUUUUCAUCGUUGUUAUUUAAAUAUUCAAAUCAAAUUUUUCACAUUUAAAUGACACUAAUAUUUAUGUAUUAUAUUAUUGUUUUAGAAAACACAGUCAGCCAGAUCAAAGCCAGUUCCUAUUAAGGAUCAAUGUUUUCUUAAUAAACAGAAUAGAAUUACUGACGAAAUCCAAAGUUGAUGGAAUAUUUUAUAUUUAUAUAGUCUUAAGUGAUUUAAAACACAUUAUUGUUAUUCUUACAAAAUAACCUCCAUUUUUCCCUAAAAUGUAAAAAUCAAUUUAAAUCUCUUUGUUAUGAUAUAUUUUCUUACAAAAUGUUUAAGUAACAAAUCUUUUGUUUGAAAUUUAUGACUAAGAAAAAAAAAACAAUGAAAAAUAUAAAUUUUUACAAUAAUUUCUUUGAAAACAAGGUUAACAUUUUUUUUCUAUUAUUAUACGAUUAAAAUUAAAUAAUUACAUUUAUUUUUCAUUGUUUUGUUUUUUUUUUUUUGUCUACAAAUUUACAAAUUUGGACAUGUCAGUCAUCUAAAAUUCGACUUGCAUUACAAUAUUUUGAUACAUCAAACUCAUAAACUGUGAAAUCUAUUUUUAAUAUGUUCAUGUGAUACAAUUUACUUGUCGUUUUAUGUGUUUUAUGUAUACUAAUAUUUGUAACUAGAGUCAGACCCGAUAACUUAUAAGGACGAUAAAAAAUAGUGUUUUAAAUAGUCUAUGACAUAAUUAUUACUUUGGCUGUUAUCGUAAAAGUGAUAUUGUUGAUUUGAUUUUAUUUUUAGGUUUUUAAAUGUUGUUAAAUCAGACUAAAGAAAAAAAAAACACGCAUAAAGUAAGGUCGGGCAAUUGGAAUACUUUUAAUCUACUUAAAUGCAACAAAAAUGUUAUUUUCUUUGUCUUCCUUUUUUAUUUUCUAGUUUAUUAUUUUUAACACCUUUUUCAAAACGUAAUUGUAAUAUUACUGUUAAUAAUCGGUUUUUAAAAAGUACAAAUUCGAUGAAAACGUUAUUCCUGUUAUAUUGUAACAUUAAAGUUGUACCGUGACCGUAAGAUUUUCUUUUUAAACGGUCAAAUUAUUAAGGUAUUCACUUAUCUACAUGAUUAUUUAUUAAUAUUGGUCAUUCGUUCUGUAUAGUUACACUUCUUUUGGUCUUCCAUGAAUAAGUGAUUAUGAGUUUUGUUAAUUUUAAUUUUUUUUUUUUUUUGUGAAAUCACAUUUGUUUAAAGAAUAUUAGUUUAUUAUUGAAAAUCAUAGUGAUUAGCCCUUUUUGAUUAUAAUGAUUUUUAAGAUUUAAGGCACAUGUAGUAACAAAAAAAAAAAAAACGCAAUAAAAACAAAAAUAUACCUCUAACACAGGCAGCUAAUUAUGAAAAUUAAUGUAUUGCUAAAUCUUGCCACGUAAUAUAUAAUAUAUUCUAAAAAGAAAAUAAAGAAACCUUGCCUGAAUGUUGGUAAUAAUGAUUAUAUUACCCAACCCAUCAACUUAAAUUUAUCUAGUUAAUUUUUUUUUUUUUAAUAAAUAUUUUAAUUAAUUAGACAUUUAAGUAACAUAUUAUUAUUUUUAUUAUUAUUAUUAUUAUUAUUAUUAUUAUUAUAAAAUAUAAUAUAUUAUAUAUUAUAAUAUGUGUGUGUGUAUUAUAUAUCAUAUUAUAUUAUGUUCUUCAAUGAUACAGUUUGAUUAAUGUAUUACAUGAGAAUUUAUUAAUAUUAUUUAAUUAUUAUCUAUUUGUAGGUACAUUAUAUUAUAAUUGUAUGUAAUGUAUUUGAAAAUCAAUUUUUCGAAUGACUGAAGUAGUUACUGCUAGUAUAGCAUUUAUAUAAAUCAUUUUAUACAAUUUAUUUUCUACAUAAAAGAAGAAGAAUAAAAAAAAUUAUAAAAAUAAAGGUCCCCCCUAGUCCUCGUAACAAUAUUACCAUAUAUUAUAAUGUUAUAUAUUGUGAUUUUUUUUUCACCACUCCAAAUUGUGAUUGAAAAAUCUUCACCACAAACUGUAUUAGUUUAUUAUUAUUAUUAUUAUUAUUAUUAU